AUGGUUAAGGCUGAUGAGUCUUUGCCUUUCGCAGAGCAUGUGGCUUGGCCAUCUCUUUAUUUGAAAGGCGCCAGCACAUUGCCGGAUCCUAGUUUUUGUGGUCAGUCAGCAUAUCUGAAUCCUGGCAUAUGCACUCUUCCGACUCUCAGUGCAUUUCCAGGGUUCACAACUCCUGCUACUCCAAGCCUGCAGACUGAUCAGACCAAUGAAGUGCGAGGGUUCAUUCAGGAUCCCAAAACCGGACCGUGUUUGAAAGAAAGAAAUAAUUACGGAGCUAUGCAAAAUGGAAAUUCUGCAUCUUUGCAGAAGAAAUUUAUUAUAUUUGACCGGUCUGGUAAUAAGACAAGGUUGUUUUAUAGUCCUGUCUUCCCACUUAAUCAGAGUCCAAUUGAUACUACUAUGCAAUUCGCUCAAGCUUACGAAGUUAAUCAGGACAGAUGGGCAACUAGUUUUGGUCAAAAGCAUUUACCGAAAUACAGUUUGCCUGAUGAGUCUGAUCAGGAUCAUGUAGUAAAUGAAGAAAGUGAAAUGCGUGAAAACACAGAAGAAAUCAAUGCAUUGCUUUAUUCUGAUGGUGAUGAGGAUGAUGAUGAAGACGACGAGGUAACAAGUACAAACCAUUCUCCAUUGAGUAAAAACCCAUUUGAGGACAUAAAUGAGGACGUUGCUAGCUCUGAUUGGCCAAGCAAACGGCAUAAGCUAAUUGACGGUGGGUAUGCAAGAUUACCUCCGCCUCUGAACAGUGCUAGUUCAGUAAGACUAAACGAACCAUCUGAGUGUGUCAGCGAUGCCGAGUCCAAGUACUCUGGUGGCCAAAUGUAUUUUACCAGGAAAACCGAAGAGGAUAAUAAUUCAGCUGUUGGUGAUAUUCAAUUGAGAAAGGCUAAGAUCCGCGAAUCAUUGAAAAUUCUCGAGAACUUAACUCCCGGAGCAAAAGGAAAGCAUCCACUGUUAGUCAUCGAUGAAACUAUGGAUUACUUAAAAUCUUUGAUGUCUCAAACUGGAAUGCUUGGGGUAAAAUAUCACUAA